UCAAAUAUAUGUAAUUACAAACAUUUUACUUAAUGUGCUUCAUUUGUAGAUUAAAGGUCUCUCCUUUCACAUCAAGUGGAGAUGGCAUCAAAUGUUACAGCUCAAUCAGUGUUGGAGAAGAUUAGUGUGGAUCAUCUGGAAUGCUCCAUCUGCACCAACCGUUUCAGGCAGCCCAAACUGCUGGACUGUUUGCACAGUUUUUGCCUGCAAUGCCUCCAUGACCUCAUACAGAGCCAAGAUCCUAGUGGUACAAAGCUGACAUGUCCUCUGUGCAGACGUGAAACCAUGUUGAAAGGGUCUGGGGUUGCUGAUCUCCCUAAUAACUUUGCAUUCAGUGCCCUGGUGGAGGAAGUUACGAUGCAGGAAAAGCUACUGGAAGGUCAAGGGUCAGAGAUCAAAUGUCAAGCCUGUGAUGAGGAGAAUCAGGCAAUUUCGAGAUGCAUGGACUGUGAUAAUUUCCUCUGUCAAGAAUGUCAAAGGGCUCAUGAACGUAUGACUUUGAUGAAAUCUCACAAAAUCUACACACUGGCUCAACUUCAAUCAGGACAAAUUGUUUAUAAGAGUAAACUAAGAGAUGAAGUUCCGAAAUGUUGCAAGCAUCCAGAUCAGAAUCUCAAUGUCUACUGCAACUCAUGUGAGCAAGUCAUAUGCACAACAUGCUCUGUACUUGAUCAUGCAAAACACUCACUCACUGGAUUACCUGAGGCAGUAGAGAAAUGUAAGAAGAAGGUCACAGAAAUGGUCCAAAAAAGUGAGAGCACAAAAACUGAAUUGAUCACCACUAUCAAGGAGACGACCAAAUCUCGCAAGGAUUUGGACAACAUGUUUGCCAACACUCACAAGAAAAUCUCAGAAAAGGCUCAACAGGAGAUUACAAAGAUCCAAGAGGAGGUUGCAAAGAUUCAAAAGGAAGAACAGAAAUUAAAGCAAGAGACGGACAGGAUUUAUGAAGACAGAGUCAGAACAUUUGAAGCUGCUCAAGCUAACAACAGGAAAGAGGUGACACAGACAGAGCACAAGCUGGAGGAGGUCAAACAACUCAUGAAUCAAGCAAGUUGCUAUGAGAUUCUUGAACUUCAGCAGAAGCUCUUGCAUAACCUCAGUGAAUUGACAGGGAAACAGCCACAGCAAGUUCCUGACAAGUUGACCUUCAUGGAUUUUGAAGAAGGUAAGAGGUCACUUGGGAGACUCAUUGUGGAGGAAGAGACAAAGGCUGCAGAAAAGCAAUCACCAAGACCUGGAAGAUCAUGUGUGGAGGAAAAAUGGGAACUAAAGACUAAUGUCAAGAACUUUAAAUUAACAUUUGGAUUUAUAGCACAGGGUUUAUCACUCUCUAAUGAUAAAAUAAUUGUACUACAUGUACCUAAAAAAUAUCAUGGAAAAGGAAAGAGUGGCGCACUGUUUACAACAUCAAUUCCAAAUAGUCACCAGGAACAAUCUCCUAUCCCACAAAGGCUACAAAUCAAUGGCCUCACUGAUGUAGGGUGUAUUGCAGUGAGCAAGGAUGACAAGCUCCUUGCUCUAGAUGGUCCAGUAGUCAAGGUCUUCAACAAGCAACAUCAGCUCCUCCAUCAGUUCACACCAGGUAGAGGGUCAGACACUCAACCAACAUGCCUUGCAGUGGAUGACAGCAAUCUGAUAGCAGUGGGUUAUAAAGGCAAGAAUGAGAUAUCUCUACACAACCCAGAUGGAUCCCUCAUCAGGAGACUGCCUGCUCCAAUGAUUGAGUAUUAUCUAACAAUGUACAAUCACCGCCUUAUCUACACAAACUAUGGCGACCGAAGGUUGGUGUGUGUAGACUACUAUGGUGCCAGUGUAUUCUCAGUAGACAUGAUCAGCAGCAUGCAGUGGGGUGGGUUCCCUACUGGUGUGUGCUGUGACAGUGAUGGCAGCAUCUAUGUUGCUGUGGAUGGAUAUCCAACAGGUGAUAUUCUGCAUUACAGUCCUGAUGGCAAGUACAUUGGAUGGGUGAUCAAGGGAUGUGGUCAUCCACGUGGCAUCACAUUUACAUCAGGUGGUGAUCUGGUAGUGGCUGCAGGAGAGUUUGUACAGAUCUAUCACCGAGUGUAAGGACAGAUUAAUUAAUCUAAGGCUAUCCAUUGUAUCCACAAACCACUUCCAUCAGACAUUGAUCAUUGUUAUCACUGACAAAUAACUUUAAAGUUCAUUCCUUUAAAUAACAUUCUACAAUACUGUAUAUUUGGUUUAUUUCUAUGGUCUUUGGUCUCUGUAUGUGUUGACUCUAAUACCUCAACCACUUCCCAUUUGGAAAAUCUUGGACUUCAACACCCAGCCUACUUUCUAUAAAAUCUUAGAUCUGGUGGCCCAAUAAUGAGAGCAAAGGAAUGACCCUUCACAUUGUUUGCAAAUAGCACAGUGCACAUUUUUAAAGAACUACAAAUGAGAGGGAAAGUAUUACCAAUGAGAGGGAAAGUAUUACCAAUGAGAGGGAAAGUAUUACCAAUGAGAGGGAAAGUAUUAUCAAUGAGAGGGAAAGUAUUACCAAUGAGAGAGAAAGUAUAACCACGAAAGGCAAUUUAGUUCAAUUUUCUCAGAUUUGUCUCAGCAAAUACGAAGUCAAUGCAUGAUGUGUUUCCAAGUACCCUGCUCCUGUAUAAAAUGUAAAUAUUUACUUAAAUUUUUUUAUUCGAAUUUUCAAGUAUUGUGAAAACUGUUUAGUUUAAAUGAAUGGAACUGUUUUUCCAAUGAGAAAGAUUUUGCACAUCCAUGUACCUGUGACAAAAGUAAAUUAUCCCAAAGCAACUGGAUGAAAUGUGUGUGAUUUUGAACUAAAGUGAUAGUUUAAAAGUAAAUCAUAUGCAAUACCUUGGU